GGUACACAGCACACAUCCUCCAUUAGGUAGCUGCAUUCGGUUGAGGCCAACCGGCAACCACACACUACUGCUCAGUACUCACUAGCAGCAGCGAUGAGGAGGUUGCGGUUGCAGCAGCUCGCCGUCGUCGUGGCGGUACUGGCGGUGGUGUGUCCGGCUUUGUGCCGGGAGCAGCAGAACAAUGGGACGGCGGCGGUGGCGGGGGAGGAGAGGCGGAGUCCGAGGGCGACGGCGGUGAUCGUGUUCGGCGACUCCAUCGUUGACCCGGGGAACAACAACAACCUGCACACCCAGAUCAAGGCCAACCAUCCGCCCUACGGCAAGGACUUCGACGGCCACGUCGCCACUGGCCGCUUCUCCAACGGCCUCGUGCCCUCUGACCUCGUCGCCCAGAAACUUCACGUGAAGAAGCUCGUUGCUCCGUGGCUCAAUGUCGACCACACUCCGGAGGACCUCCUCACGGGCGUUAGCUUUGCCUCAGGCGCCACAGGAUAUGAUCCCCUAACUCCAAAGAUCGUGAGUGUGAUCACGCUGGAACAACAACUGGAGUACUUCGAUGAGUAUCGCCGCAAGUUGGUGGCCAUCGCCGGCGAGGAAGAGGCCGAGAGGAUCAUCGACGGCGCCUUCUUUUUUGUGUGCGCUGGCUCGGAUGACGUGGCCAACACCUACUUCACCACUCCGUUCCGAAUCCUGGAGUACGACAUCCCGUCCUACGUGGACCUCCUCCUCGUCGGCGUGGACAAGUUCCUCCGAAGCGUGAGCGCUCGCGGAGCAAAGCUUAUCGGUUUCGUGGGCCUUCCACCUAUCGGGUGUGUGCCGUCGCAGCGGACGGUCGGCGGCGGGUUGCACCGUCGCUGCGAGCCCAAACGCAACUACGCGGCACAACUCUACAACUCGAGGGUGCAGGUGCUCAUUGACGGGUUGAACGCGGAGCCUGGGUUCAACACCCGCGUUGUCUACUUGGGGAUCUAUGACAUCAUCCGAGAGCUCGCCGAGGGCGGGGAGCGGUGGGGGUUCACAGAGACGACCCGCGGGUGUUGUGGGACUGGGCUCAUUGAGGUGACGAAUCUCUGCGACUCGAGGUUCAUGGCGGUGUGCCAAGACGUAUCCAAGCAUGUCUUCUUCGACAGCUUCCAUCCCACGCAAAGGGCGUACAAGAUCAUUGUUGAUAACAUGUGGGACACCUACGGCCACCUCCUGCAACCCUAAAUGGAGGUUUUGACAUCUAUUGGGCGCCAUGGAUCGACGAACAAAGAAAUUGUAAAUGACCUAUAUACUUGUCAGAUAUUUUCUUUUACUAUUUAAGAUCCACUUAUGGACAUGCAAGCAAUCAAGCCGGUUCCCAAAAGAUGGAGAAAUAUAGGAAAAUUGUUCUCUA